AUGGUGUCCCGCAAGGCUGUGGCAACCCUGCUGGUGGUGCAUGUGGUCGCCAUGCUGGCCUCACAGACAGAAGCCUUUGUUCCCCUCUUCACCUACAGCGAAAUGCAGAAGAUGCAGGAAAGGGAGCAGAACAGAGGGCGAAAGAAAUCCCUGAGUGUACAGCAGAGGUCCGAGGAGGUGGGCCCCCUGGUCCCCGUGGAGCACACAGAGGAAGAAGAAAACCAACUUAUCAAGCUGACUGCUCCUGUGGAAAUUGGAAUAAGGAUGAACUCCAGGCAGCUGGAAAAGUACCGGGCCGCCUUGGAAGGGCUGCUGAGCGAGGCGCUGCUGUCCACCCAGAACGCCAAGUGA